ACGACAGUGAUGGCAAAGUGUCGCAAACGUGUGGGAGGCUUUGGGCGCUGCUCGUUACGUAGAGGCAAGCAGCCGCCUACACUGACCUGGAUAUGAGGGGUUGAGGAGGACUAUGCCGACCUCUUUUCAAAUCAUGGAUUUUAGGACAACAGUGCAUCGCCUCUGUGCUCGUUUUCUUUGGAUAGGCGUUCGUCUGGACGGGGAUUAUACGACAGGUGUGGUGUCCCUCUGGUCCGUUGAACUGUGAAGGGCUUGUUUGACAGCCUGCUGGACGGUAUCGAUAAAUUAGCAAACCCGGACUUAAUAGCCUCUCUGCGCAGUGACGGUAUUUUAUUGUCUCAGUCGCGCCCCGCCCGUUUCUGUAUUUGCCAAGUGGAACUGGAUAUGACUCUUGCUUGUGUCGUAACAUCACUGUUACUGAGGGACAACAGUGUUUAGCCUACUUCUCUGAAGCGAGGAAGUGAAGUUGGACUUCAGAAGAUAAGACGGAAAUUGAGUGUCUCUCCUUCACAAUAAAGACAGCACGACAAUUAUCAUAACGCAUAAAAAUGAAGCUUGCGAUAGAACAGAGAAGUCCCACCUGGAUAAGGCGGUACCUGACGUUUUAUUAUUAAGAUAUUUAUCCGUCAUUUUCCCCGUGUAGAUUGCAUCGUCUACACGGCUCACGGUGUUUUAUUUUGUAGACCUCGGACGGAUUUCCUAUUCGUAGACGUUGCCGCUGGCAAGUGGGAUGUGGCCAGGAUGUAUAUAUGCUGCUGCUCAAGAUAUGAAAACCAUUGAUUCAGCGCUGCUUCAGGAGCACUGCUUCACCACUGGCUACGACUGUGUUGCUUACCGUCAGCGUGGUUGUUGUCUGGGGUCGAAAACAGCGACCACGACCGGAGCUGCUGUCCUGUGUUCGUGUGGUCUGGAGCAUUCCAUAGAAGGCUUUUCAACUUCAUACCCAAGCAAUUUGUUGAAUUUCUGUGCAGACAAAGGCCUUGUACCCUCUUUUUUAUUGUACAAAUGUCAACAACUCAACAUCAAAUGAUGAUGGAGUCCUCUCUAGCGCUUGGCAGACUAGAACUGACCCCCAGCUCAGCCGCUGUUGGGGUUCGGCUGUCUGGCGGGGCCCCAGGCAAAGAGAAGUCUGGCCAGCGGCCCCAGGCUCAUCUCAACGGCUGUGUCCCGCUGUCACAUCAGGUGGCGGGUCACAAGUAUGGAGUGGAUAAAGUGGGUAUUUUGCAGCACCCAGACGGAACAGUCCUGAAGCAGCUUCAGCCUCCGCCGAGAGGGCCACGAGAGAUGCAGUUUUAUAGCAUGGUGUAUGCAGAGGACUGCUGUGACCCCUGUCUGCUAGACCUCCAGAACCAUCUGCCCAAAUAUUAUGGCACCUGGUCAUCUCCUGACACUCCGAAUGACCUGUACCUGAAGCUGGAGGAUGUGACCCGUCGCUUCGUCAAGCCAUGCAUCAUGGACGUGAAGCUGGGCCAGCGGAGCUAUGAUCCAUACGCCUCACAGGAGAAACGAGAACAACAAAUCAAAAAAUACCCGCUGAUGGAGGAAAUAGGCUUUCUGGUCCUCGGCAUGAGGGUGUAUAAGGUGUGCAGUGACACCUUUGACUCCUAUGACCAGCACUAUGGAAGGGGACUAGAUAAGGACACUAUAAAAGAUGGCUUGGCUAAAUUCUUUGACAAUGGAGUCAGUCUGAGAAAGGAUGCAGUGACAUCCAGCAUCCGUAGAGUCCAACGGAUCCUCCACUGGUUCGAGUCACAGCGUCAGUUGGCCUUUUACGCCAGCUCCCUUCUCUUUGUGUACGAGGGCCUUCCCUCAUCUUCCUCCCCAUCCUCCCAUUCUUCCCUCCACAGCAGUUCAUCGACGAGUCUGACUGCCAAGACGACCCCCAUGUUGCUGUUGGCGGGUGAUGGUGGCCGGGCCGGGGAGGCCAAAGUGCGACAGGAUGGGGCGGAACAGGAGGAGGAAGUGGCUGAGUACAACAACAACAACAUUCAGGUGGCAGUGCCCUGGGACUACAGCACAACCACUAUUUACACCAAUCACAGGAAAGGUGGUGACCACCUCUGUGCCAAGGGCCAUCUCCACGACAACAGUGAUGAUACUGGUGUUGGGGAGAAGACGGCGAGCUCUGUUUCUGGAGGUAACGUCUCAGAACGGUGCGAAGAAGACAACUCUGUAUGGAAACGAACAGGAGAGCUGCAACAACCACCGAAUGGAAAUGGAAACAAAUCACAACUGGAAAGAAAGGAUGAGAAGGAGGAGAGGAGAAGGAGAGAGGAGGAGAUCAUAGGACGAGGGGGCGAAGCUACAGAUGGGUGUGCAGUAGAUAAGGAGGUGGAAGUCAGGAUGAUUGACUUUGCCCACGUUUUCCCGAGCGAGAGCCAUGAUCAGGGCUACAUCUACGGCCUGAAACACCUGCUCACAGUGCUGGAGCAGAUCCUUUGUGACGCUGCGUAGAGCGCCCCCUGUCUUUACCUCCUGACGUGCUCACAGAACCGCUAUGUCCUCCCAUCAACCCUCCUUACUUCUCAGUCAGACCUUCACAGGAGAGAGGGACGAAUCAAAGAAGUCAAUAUUACGACACAACCAUCAUCACUAUCAUCAUCUCACCAUCUGUGUGUGUGUUUGUGUGUGCGUGUUUGUGUGUGCGUGUGUGUAUGUGCGUGUAUUAGAGGCUGACACCUGUGGUCAGCAGCAUUACAUGCACUAAUCAAUCCAUGAAGGCAUUACGACUGCGUACUUAAACACAACAUCUUCAGCUGGUGAUUUACUAAUGCUCCCAAAGGCUCCAACUUAGGGCUGGUGAUGGAAUGACUGAAAUUUACCAGAGAUUUUUUCUAUACCUCUUACAGCAAAGACCUUUUUUAAUAUUCCUGCUUGUAUCGUGCCAUUUUGGCACCACUAUUUUUGACAUCAUAUUACGAGUUAAAUCCGAAAUUCAUCAGGCUUCAUAUGGCUCAUAAAAUCAAUGCAGCAGUUUCUGGAAUAUCUGGUUCUUCCUAUUAGUUGUCAUGGAGGCUCAGUAGCUGUUAUGAUUUUCACUGAUCUGAAUUUCUCAAGGGUGUUUGCUGCAGCGUUUAGAUCGAUCAAAGAUCAAUUUUUCAGUUUCUGUGAACCCAAGGCGAAUGCCUGAAAGCGUCUUCGUGUGUGUUGUUGAAGAGGAGGCGUGUUGGACUGUGCAGUCCGCCCUCGUACAAUACGUAGAAGAUGUUGUCUAGUGAAACCUCUGACACAACAUUCACAACACUUUCUACAUUCUGGCCAUUUAGCUGCACAUCACCGUGACAGCGGUCAACUGGAUUUGGUUUACAGUGUACAGUGAACCGUCAAAUUAGAAACAAAGCAGCUGCUGGAAAUAGAAGUCAUAGCUAAUCUGGCUUCAGUGACCUGGUGAAGAUUACACUGACAGAUUGUCUGUCCCUUUAAGAGCAUGUGGUAAAGCAAGAAGCUUGGAGAAUGUUGGAGUUUUAGUUGGGUUGUCUUUUACUUUUGUUUAAACCACUGUCCACAGGUAUAUAACUCAGGUAUUUACUUAAUAAUACUACUAUUGUCCUCUCAGCAAAAUUAUCCUCCUGCUGUCAGUUCAGUUGUGAACGGUAUUAAUAUAUACUGUAUAUUCUUAGUCAACGUUUAUCUUAUCUCAUGAUUGAACUUAUCUCAUACACAAUGAGAAUAUUGUGGCUGUUUUAAUUGUUGUUGUAUAUUUUAAACUGCCAAAUCACCUCUCCUUUCAGAAGCCUGUGUGGUUUUAUUUCUUGUUUUUUUUUUGUUUAUUCCAGUUAUUUGGUGCCUCCUCUGUCCCUUGCCUGGUUUGAAGAACAGGAUUUUACUGGAGACGUUCUACCUUGUACUCACCCUUUUUAAAGUGCUCCUUAUACCUAAAGGUGACACUGCUCAUGCACAUGUUGGAUUCCUGAGUCAUUGUCCUAGCGUUAACCGUGAGUUAGUCUGUGAUAUUAAGUUAUUAAAAUGAAUUCAUUCUUAACUGGACAUCAAUAGGAAAAUCAGUCUCACCUCCAAAUUCUGGAGAGAUGAUUUUUUUUUAUCAUUAUUAUUUGUUUUGUUUUGUUGGCAGAAGGGAUGUGACAUAUGAUGUGAUUAAUUCACAUGAUAUUAGCUAAUAUGAUAUAACCUCCCGCCCCCUAAGAAUUUUACGAUUGUAGUGAAAAGAUACAUGAAACAUGCUGCUUUAAUGAGAGUCAGUCAACAGAAAGUGACAGAGAUGGAGAGAGAGACAGCAACGGAAUGGUUUUAUGUCUUGUUUUUUUCUUUUUCUUUUUGUUCUAUGUGCGUUCUUGGCUUGGUGCAGAAUGUCAGGGUACUGGUUGUAGGUAAAACAAAAGUCAGCACUUGUUUUUCCACUAAUCUGCUGGUGAGUGCUUUUAUUUUUUUAUUGUUUAUUCAUUUGGUAUCAUUGCAUAAUAUGCAUUUUUAUGCUAAUACUCAAGCUGAUGCAAUGGACUAUUCUAUUAUGGUCAUAGCAGGUUUCGUGAUGGUGUAUUAAUAGCGCAGCUCUCUGUUGAAGGUUCCUCUCAGAAGAAUAGAUUUUUGGACGUUGUGCAGUCAUGACUUUCAUUCUGGCCUUCAUUAGCAGAUCAACGAGAUGUGAGUGGUGUGGCUUCUGCGAAGAUUUUACUUCCCAGAAGCCACAUUUAGAGCCAGAUUUAAUUCCUACUGUGAACCCUGGAGUGGAAAUAGUUUAGUUGUAUGUAUACGUAUAUUUGCCCUGAGUUGUGACAUGUCAGGUUCACAGCAAGAUGAGACUGGAUAGUAUGGAAGCUUGCACUCUGUGAUAAGACAAGAUAACGUUACAUGAGCCAGGAUGACCUGUGGCUCAACAGUCCAGCGAUAGAUUAAUGUGAUGAAUGCAGCAUGGUGAUGGCAAAUGAAAAGGUUUGUUUUUAAGUCUGGAGUAUUCGUGUGUUGUUUGGGUGCCGCUGCGUGGACUGGUUUUCUGACUGGCCUCUUGUUCACUGACACUGGAGCUGAUUAAUAAGGUCAUGUUAAAUCUCGCUGCCCCAGUGCAUCACAAAGCCACCUAAUUUUACCCACCAAUAAUAUGUUCAAGCCUCCUCACAUCGUAGAUUGUAAUAUACAAAUAUAAAUGAAAAUCCUGAUAUUUUGUAAAUGAACAUGAUUAAAUGUAUUUUGGUUUUAAUCUGAAUUUCAGUGUAAUUAAUAUUAACAUGGCCUCUUUUUAAUAACCUGAUCGUUGGUUUGAAAUAAUCAACAUGGAUAUUAAGGAGUCUUUUAAAGGAUGUUUGUGGGAAUGAGGGAUUUUUUAAUUAUUUUUAUAAAUCAUUGCCUUAUUUUCUGUUGAUGUCUCCAUGUGGUCUCCAUGUUUUGAAUAUUGAUCAUUCCAGCAGCUUUGUGAACUUCCUCUCUGAUUUUCUGGCUUGCUGUGUGUGUCAUUGCUAAUUAAAAAACAAAACAGAAAAACAUAUCAUGCAUUUGAAACAGGGCAUUGUUCAUGGAUAUUGCGUCGGAGUGAUGCAACAUUAUACUUUUAAUCCCAUUGAGAAUCGUGUGGAAAACGUCAUGUUGCUGAGACAUCUUGCUUCGGUGUAGGUGGGCAGCUUUAGCAGCAGCACAUUCGCUGCGUUUCUGACAUUGCACUUAAUUUUAAUCGUGUAAACACCAGCAUUUUAGUAGCACACUGCUCAUAUGGUAGAAAUAGAAACUUAAAUAUUCAUUUAUACAAGGUGUAGACAGAAUUAGGAAGUAGAAAUAUUAAUUGGUAAAAAGUAAUCUAUUUUGAGGUGUAUAAUGAAUCUUCAUAACACAAAUUGAUGUAUAAAGUAUGUACAAUUUGAGUAAAUUAGUUAAAUUAUGCAUAACUAUUCUGGUUAUUUAGUCUUUCAUUGACUAACCUUCAGUCUUCUUUUAUCCCUACAAGCAAAUGAUGGCACUGGAGUUGUCCCAGGUUCAGGGUGUAAGACUAACUUCUCUUGCCAGUCAGUAGAGACUGUGGCUUCGCUACUGGCCAACGCUGCCCACUUCCUCUGUCUCAUGAUGUUGCAGCACAAUGUCUGGAUGCAAUUCUAAUUGUAUGUAAAGAGUCUUGUUUAUUACACACUCGGUAUCAUAUUGAGCCGUCAGAUCACACGUGGCCACGCUGGCUGGAGGAGAGGCAAAGAGGAAACACGAGUGUCGGUGCAGCUGGUGUAUCACCUGACUUGUCACAACUGACUUAGGAUGUAAAGUCUGACAGUGACUGACAUUCUAAACCCGUGCUAUCAUUGCUCUCUACAAACACUCUGUUCAUUUGUUUUUACAUAGAAGCUGUUCUCCUCUCAGCCAGGUAAAACUAGAGGCCAGAACUUGAUUGGACUUCUUUAUAUUGUAGAGGGUAUGUUUUUUUUAGCAGACUAAUGGAGCUUAUGUGUGACGUCUGUUCUUCACAUUUCUUUCUCUUGUGAGCAGCCAAACAUUAUGGCUUGCUCCAAUAGGAAAAGCUCAGGUGUGUUAGUUAAGGUUGAAGGCAGGUGUUUUCUGGUCCCUUAUCACAUCUUACUUGGACACAUAAUGGAGGUGAACCGCCGUUAAUACACCUGCACUUUCCCUACUGAGAUGAGUCACAGUGUCUACUGUGAACAGGUCUGUUAACAAACAGUUGCUUCCCAUAAAGAACCUUGAAGGUGGUGCCACUUGUUAUAUGCGGCUACAGAUUAUGUGUACUCUACAUUAUGCCAGACAUUGUCAAAGCUUAUGGUACACUUGGUGUGCUGUGUAAGAUGUCCUAUGUCCCUCAUUUCCAGUCAGCUGUUCUUGUCAUCAUGCAGUUGGAUGCACGUGCUUAACAGAUCUGACCAACUCAAGUCAUGUAGUGAUCAUCUUCAGAAUUCAUGACGUCAGCCUUGAAAUGAAGAUCUGAUGGAAAGUUCAGCUAAUCCCAGCAUUCAGUUAUUUAAAAAGCAUUCUUGGCAUUGGACUACAUUGUCAGUAACAACUAGAAAUCAAGCCCUAGCAAUAACUUCCUUCAGCUCAAACAUUGCCUCAUUACUCCUGCUUGUGUUGGAGCUUCCAGCUGUGCCACCUGGGUUUAUGAUGCUGCGUUUGUGUCAUGCGGGAAAAGAUCCAAGCAAACUAGCUCUCAUAAUGAAAUCAUAUCCUUCGCGGCAUUUCCAACAUGUUUAAUGGGCUAGGCUGCAUUCACCGGUUUUGGACACGAGAUGAGCUGCAUUUCAGCUGUCUUUCCUUUCUGACACAAAUACAGCAUUAGAGAACGUAAAGAUGUGCUUGCAAACACAUUUCCCUCACGGUCCUCGAAGGUACUAAUGGGGUUCAGAUUGGCUGAAGUGUCCUCCAACACAAUGCUUCCAUUUAAGUGUCUUCAUGCAAAGACUCAUGGAAACUGUAGGUGUAAAUACACAGUUAGUGUGGCUGACUCUGGGGUGGAGCAGUGUGACUGCUGUGGUGUGAUGUUGCCAUCAUGAAAAAGAAAAAAAUACCCUAAGGAUUGACAUUGUUUCCAGUUCAGCUUCUCUGCCAGUUUUGGAUUUCUAUGAAGUCCAACACAUUGGGUUUUAAGGAGAAACUGGAUUCGGACUGCCCUGUGACUGUGUAAUAAAAAAAAACAAUUUAAAAAACUGAGCUCUUAAAUUCCUCACUGUGGAUGAGUGUUAGAGUUUUGAUAUACUGGAUUUAACAUGUCUUAUAAUGAGCCUGAAGCAGAACAUUAAAUAUCUGUGUACAGAAGGAGAGGAACCCAAGCAGUACUAGUUCCUCUCCUCAUUAUUUUUUCAACAAUAAAAAUAUUAAACAGUUUAA